AUGGGUAUUGGUGCUGGAAUUUAUUAUCCGUCAAAGUAUGACAAACGCCGCAACUACACAACAUUUCAAACAUCUGUGUGUUGCACGCUUACUACCUGCGACAUCGAGCAAACAAUUUUGGAAAAGAUAACUGCCAUGUCUGGUUCAAACAUGGAGCCCAUGCCGUACAGGCGAGCGUUCGGAGGGCCAGGAUCAUCAGUCAGCAGUAGCCGUACAUUAGCAGAACUAGCAGCAACUGUGGCAGCGCCGCAGGAUGAAGACGCUUUCGUUGACGUUUCGGGCUUAGCCAAAGUAAGGCAAACAGUGACUGGUGCAUGUCGGAAGUGUGGUUACCCUGGACAUUUACCGUUUCAGUGCAGAAAUUACAUACAACUUAAACCUGGUCAACAAACUGUGAUCGAUAUCAGUUCCACCAGUAGUGAAACAACGGAUGGGGAAACACCCUUAGUUGAAAAGAAGAAGAAACACAAGCACAAACAUAAGAAGAAGAAAGACAAAAAGGAUAAAAAGAAGAAAAAGAAACAUCGGAAGCACAGUAGCAGCAGUUCGUCAUCCGACAGUGAAGAAUCUCACUCUCAUCAGCGUCAUAAGAAAAGUAAAAGAAAACGUAGACAUUCAAGCACUUCGUCUUCUGAUGAGGAUAAAUCCAAAAAGAAAAAGCAUUGAAAAAUAUCUACUGCGGCCAAAUUGUUGAGUCUAGUUAUCUGUUGAUUUAUUUAUUCUUCAUCCUUCUCUUCCGAAAAUUGCGCCUUGCAUUGUUUUUCCACUGAAAACAUAAUAAAAUUGUCAGAGACUGUGUAGUCGAGGGAUUAUACCU